UAACUGCUGGGGGACGUAUUCAUCCGCGCGCACACAUACCGAUCGACAUCGCGCCGUUUUUAUCUGCCUCACCAGCUCCGGUUUCCCCACGUUCAGCCUUUCCCCCAGUCAACUGCCGCCAUGUUUUUUUGAGGCAGGAUGACAGCAGAGAGCGAGCGCAGACGAAGACGGAUAUAAUACUGAAAAACCGUCGAAUUGCAGCAUUUUUUCAACCAGGCGAGGGUCUAUUUUUAUUGCGGACUCGCGAGGAACUAAUUUAUCGGAUGGGAGGGGGUCCUCCCACAUAAAUAUAAAAUCCACAAAUUAUUAUUUUCUCCGUUUUGAAGUUUAUGCCAUGAAAAAGCAAGAAGUCAGAAGCCUGUCUGAAGAAGAACAACCUAUUCCUGCCUGCGCUUAACUACCUCUACCAGCGAACCUACAGGAAUAACCAGCCGAGUGAUCUCUGCAUGAACAACUGCUUUACCACAAGUCAUCUGCUGUCAAAACUUUGUUUCUUAAGCAAACUGAAGGAAGAAAAACAACUUUUAAUCUAAAGUGAAGAUCCGACAGAUAUUUCAAAGAUGACGGGCAACAUCCCAGUUGACAUGAUCAACUUGAGGCUCAUCUUGGUGAGUGGAAAAACAAAAGAGUUCCUGUUCUCGCCAAACGACUCUGCGGCCGACAUCGCCAAGCAUGUGUACGACAACUGGCCAAUGGACUGGGAAGAGGAGCAAGUGAGCAGUCCGAACAUCCUGCGCCUCAUCUACCAGGGCCGAUUCCUACACGGCAAUGUGACGCUAGGAGCUUUAAAACUGCCUCUCGGAAAAACCACAGUGAUGCAUUUAGUUGCCAGAGAGACGCUGCCCGAGCCAAAUUCCCAAGGUCAGAGGAACCGGGAAAAGACUGGAGAGAGCAACUGUUGUGUGAUCCUGUAAAUACAUCCCAUCAUCCCCCAGAACGAGUGUGUCCUAUCACCCUUCUCCCAUGCUGCUUAAACACAACUAAUCACACCCGACUCCCACGAGCACCUGACCAGAACAAGAGCUUCGCUUCUCCUGGAAAGGAAAAAAAAAUCACCCGAGACACGGAUAUGAAAACAUUUCGGCUUCGCACAGUCCGUAUUUAAGCCAAAAGAUGUCAAAAAAUCAGAUAAUAAAAUGCAUCCCUCCUUCACACACACACAUUUCCACCCUUUCUAACAUCUUCACAUGCAUCCAUGAACUCAUUCAAAAAAACCACACACACACACACACACACACACACACACACACACACACACACACACACACUCCUCCCCUUCUGCCAGUUUGCACACGGAGGAGGCCCUUUUUAUUGCACAUAGUAACAUGAAUGAUUCAGUGAGGAAACAGAGACUCGGUUGCCUCAGCCGAGGCCCUUGAUUCUUCCUCUCAGGAGGGAGACGUGUGAGGGGGGAAAUUAAUUUACACAGAGUCUGACGAACUUUUCACAUUUAUCGAUGCAAUGGCUUGGAUCCGGUGCGGAGGUGGAAAGGCAUGCCGUCACCUAUGUCUGAAAUAAGAGCACACGCUUCACCGACAAGAUUAAUCUCUGCUACAGUCACCCUCCCGGACUUGUUUUCGUCAAAUGCUAAUCGCCACAUGCAGUCUGAUUUCAGUGCAGGAGAACAAGUAUUUAUGUGCCUGAUGAACGUUUUAGAAAUGUUUCUUAUACAUUUCCAUGCGUUUUAAAUGCCCCGUUAAGGUCCUGGAGAUCCAGCGUCCUGCUCUAUCGAGUUCCUGUACGCCAGAAGUGUUUCAAGCACAGUCGGGACUUUGCAGGAAGGUAGAUCUCCAGAAGUUGGUUGGAUUGACUCGUGGGAAAGUCUAAAAUACACGUAACGAGUAACAGUAACAUUUGCGACUGUGUUUUGACAGUCAACCAGUGUUGCGACUUCCCUCUUAAGAUAGAGCUGAGCUGAUCUCUUUCAGGAAGGGUAAUAAGAUUUAUCCUUUUAUUUUCUAAGUGUAGUGGUGUAAAUUAAUGCUUGUGUUUGGAGCCAGAAGAUAACUAUGGAAUGAAGUUUGGCUUGGUUUCUAUUUCCCCUUCCUUGUUAGAUAUAAAAUUUGUUUGCACAACACAGAAACAUGAGCUGUUUCGUUUCUAAAUGUGUGUAAUUGUUUCUUUCCCCUCCUCCCCUUUUAAUAUUUUUCCAAAUGGGAAUUGUAUUCGAAGGUUACAUAUGUGUAGAGUGUAUUUAAUAUGAAUCUUAUAGAGAACAUAACUAUAGAUUGUUGAUAUAUAUAUUGGUGUCUAGUGUAUGACAGUCUAAAAACAGUUAGCACAUUAGCAUUUGGAGCAGUGAGACGCUGACAAUUUCAUGUACUUUAACAGCAGCAAAUCCCUCUCUUAAUAGCUGAAGAAAUUACUGUUUCUUCUCUCUCUCUCUCUCUCUCUCUCUCUCUCUCUCUCUUUUUUUAAAUCAAAUGUUCAUAAUUUGAGGUUUUAUUUUUGACUUCCUUUUUCUUUUUAUGUGGUCUUUGCUCUCUGCUUUUUAACACCGCACUAGGUCUGAAAAAUAUUGGUCCUUAUCAGGGUUCAAAUCUGUACAGAGCUGAAGUUUUUAAAAAGAUAAUUGUAAAUAAACUAAUGCUUCUCAUUCUCUAAACUACAAAUGGAAAUACAUAUAUAAACUGAAUAAAGAAUCCAGAACAUUGAA